CUAUGUAACUCGGGUGAAAUGAAUUUUUCGCUCGUAAUAAUUCCAAUUUUUAUUUUAGUCCCGUUUUAAACAAAGAAAGUUUUUUUUUUGGAGGGUGGUGGGGGGAGGGGCGUUCUCUCAUUAAACAGUUUUAAAAUGCAUUUCGUGUAUAAUGCCAUUAACGGCGGGCAAACCGGGCAUUAUGAUACUUCGUAAAGUACGCUUCAUUAAAAAAGUUCCGGAAUCGUCUUCGGAAUUUUCCGCGUUGCUUGGUCGCUGUACAUUAUCGAGUUAUAAAAUUCUCAACGUGUAAUGAAGAAUUUAUGAUGCCGCUACACCGUUUCAUUGCAACCAGAAUUAUUCGCGUUACUCUUAAAGUAGGGAACGAAAUGAAACUGUAUUCAGAGAAAAAAUUUCAGUUCCCUGGUGAAAGGAGAAACUGCGAGACGUUAUAAUUUCGCUGCGAUAAAAAGGUAAUUACUUCAACCGGGUGCGCCUGAGUUGAGGAACAUGAAAUGUAUUCUUUUUGCUGAGGCAAAUGAGGUUUUGCAUUGGAAAACGAAUGUACUGGCGUUUCUGAAAAUUUGGGAGGAUGUGAGCUUUGGAAGAGUUUUAGAUUCCUGGAACCGUUGGUCCAUUGGGCUUUGGAAUCCUGAGACUCUGAUACUCCAGAACAGUAGGAUUCCAAAACCUCAGGAUCUCAAGAUUUCAAGACCUCGAUACUCAAAAACCCCAAAAUCUCAAGAUCCCAAGGCCUCGAAGCUCCAAGAUCCAAGCAACUGCGAAUCUGAGGACCGAAAGAACAAGAACGUAGUCGCGAGUUCGAGAAUUGAAAGAACGGAAGCUGAAAUCCGAGAAUCCUUACACCCGUGCUCUCUUCCGCAGUCGAACAUGAAGUCGAAGAUGGCACCUUGUUCGAUACAACACACAAACCUUAGUAGCAAGGACUACCAAGAUUAAAAACCAGAAAUUAACGCACUAACUAUUUUUCCAACAACCAACGACCACGUUCCCCAAGAAAACAUAAAAAUAUCAUCUGGAACAAAAGGUGGCGCAACUUAUGGGAGGACGCGAUGCAUGCAGGAAAUUCUGAUCGAUGUCGCGUCUCUAUCAUCCGUGGUGCGUCAAGACGGGAACAUUCUCGAGACAUUUAGAAUGGAAACAUUUCCGGGUGUAACACAACGACGUGGACUUGAGCGCAGAAUGCGCGGGAGAGCGAUUUCCGGCGUGGAUCUCCUGUAUCGAGCUCGUGAAUCAUUUCGAAACACGACAUUUGAUUUGAUGGAGCGUGGCCGUUGUGAGGGGACAGAAGGAUAGGGGGUAGAACAGGCCUAGUCAGGCCCGGAAGCACUUGAAUCAUUAAGUUUAAUCGGGCUUGGCCGUCGUGGUGGGUACGGUAGUGUUGUGUUUUGGUUUUGGAAGAAAUAGAGAUUAAUUCACGGCCUUCGGGGCACUCGAAGGCAGAGGGGAAAUGUCAACAGCGAUCAUUCGACCUACAACGAUCAUGUCGCUACAAACAUCGGGUAGAGGUAUUGUACAAUCUACUUUUAAUGUUAAAGUUAGUGUUAUUACAUUUGUACCUACUUCUACCACGAUCGAUCAAGUGGUUGGUCUUGAAGAUUAUAU